UUUUUGGAAGAACUAGCAAAUGGUGGACAAAACCUGGUAACUGAGGACGUUUCUGUUUUGGAAGAAACAAGUGAUCAAGCAAAUGUGUUGAUUAUAAACAAACCAGAAACUGAUGACAUUCCAGUUACAGUUGUCAGACACCGAAAGAGAAAAUUGGCAGAUCGGAAAAUUCCAUCAAAAAAUAAAAAGAGUUUGUCUGCAGAUGUGUACAUUCAAGAACAAAUAAUUGAAAAAAGAAAAAUUGGCAAGAGGACUGAAUAUUUAGUCAAGUGGGAAGGAUUUGAUUCAGAUGACAAUACCUGGGAACCACAAGAACAUUUUUUGGACAAAACUUUAAUCAAUGAAUUUAAUAACUUAAAAAAGUAAAAUACACAUAAAAUCAAAAUGUAUCCAUCUUCAGGCAUCGAAAUAAGUCGAGAACAGUCGUUCAGGUUACGACCUAUCAGUAAAGUUGAGAGUUUCUUGAUGAAAGUGAAGUAAUUUGUAGUGAACUUUUCUAGUGUUCAAGUUUGUUUUAUUCGCAAUUUCAUUUUUAAACCAAAAAGAAAAAGUAUUGACAUGUUUUGACUCAUUGCUUUUUAUUUAUUUAUUUAUUUCAUACUAGCUAUUAAACGCAAAAUAUAUAAAUGCAUGUAACAAAUGUGUGUGUGUGUGUGUGUGUGUCUGUCAGUGGAACAAUAAAGGAAUUUUUAUACUUCUGAAAUGAAAAAAACCUGAUUUGGUAAAAUACUGAAACUGAAAGUGAGAAAAUCUGAAAGGGGAAAUCAGUGCCUCUGAAAUAUGUGACACCUACAUACAAAGUAUUAAUACAAUGAGAACAAUGAUAUGAAUAAAUCACAAAUAUACUAUACUGCUCAUCAUGCAUGUAUGUAAGGAAUUUAACACCAAUAAUAAUCGGAAUCGUAAACUUGAUAAAUGUGUGGUAACCUAUAGGUUACCAGGACCAUGUUUUGUAGUAACCUGUAAAUGGGUUUCCAGACACAUUCCUUAUUUCAAUGCCUGAUCAUGAGACACUGAUGUAAAUCAUUCUAGAAUAUGUAGGUGUGUCUUAAUUUGUACCAUUUGUAAUCAAAGUUAUUAUCAUUUUUAAAUUGUGCUCUGUAGUUGUAGUAUUUAUGUAACCAAAACCAUAGCAACUAAUUUGAUCAUUUUAUGUUAUGGAUGUCCAAUAGUUCACCAAGUAAUUCAAUUCUUGUUAACCACCACUUCAUAACCAUUAACAUAUGUUUUUAAAAUGGGCCUGACAAAUUAAAUAUUCUUAUCUGAGCAACAUUGUUUAACUUUAUAUUUGGUAAACAAAUACUGCAUUAGACGAUUGCUUUCUAUUAAAUACUGGUAUAAAAGGAAAAUCCUGAUACCAAUUGAAAUACAAAUUUAAAGUUGAAAUUGUUGCCACAUUGAAACAUAACACAAACCUGGGUACCUCAUUUGUAGAAUUUUUGGUGAAAGUGGCAGAUUUUUUAGGGGUUAAUGUUCCCAAUAAUAUUGAAAACCCCUGGACAUUAACCCUGCCCAUUUUGCCAUUUCAAAUUUGGCACGUAGUAUUAGUGACUGAUAACCCAGUUAUUAAAAAGACUAUUUCAAGAUGCCAGUAAUGACAUUUAUAAUAAUUUUACAGAUGGGUCCAAGGACCCAAUAUCUGGAAGGACAGGAUCUAAUUAAUGAAAUAUUGAUAUUUUAUUUUAAACUAUUGGAUGGAGAAAAUAAAAUUAUUCUGGAAGGGGUACCGGCCCAUAUAGGAAUUUUUGUAAUUGAAAUGGCUGACUGCCUUGCCAAAAAGGCUCUAUUAGAAUUUUCAAUUAACAAAAAUAUAUGCCUAGGUAUGUCAAAAAUCAUGUCCCUUACUACAUCAAAGCUUAAUAAAAAUUGGCAGGAGUAGUAGGACCAAACAACAAGAUAUUGGCACCAAGCUUUAAAAAUGAGGGUAGACGCCCCUGGUCCAGUUCGGGAGAAUAAUAAAAACAUAAACAUUAUUACAAAAUUAAGAACAGGGAUUUCGAUUGCCCUGGCAUUUGUACAGAAUAGGGCUAAAAGAAUCCCCUAAUUGUUUAAUUUGUAAAGUUGAAAAAGAUAUCGAGCAUUUCUUAAUGAUUUGACCAAUAACGCUCCAUAUGUUUUGGUAUUCUUCAAGGUUUAGGACUCCACCCAACUCCCAGGGAACUACUCUGCCCCAACAAAACAAACAGUGAUGUUGUUUUUAAAGCAGUCUUGCAAUAUGUCAUGGACACUGGGGUGCCAAUAUAAUUGGCACUGGCCCUUGCAUACAAUAAAAUAACUUCAUUUAUGGAAUAGUAAGGGGGCAAUGGGCUCUUCGCCAUGAGGUAACAGGUAUUGACACUAGGGAGUGGGGUAGUUCCUUGUCCCCCUUGAAAAAUAAAAAUAAACUUAAAUUGCAACUCCUUCCCACCGCGAGCUAACCGGUACUGACACUUUGGGAUGGAGUCAGACCUGUCCUUUACACAGAUCCCCCCCCCCCCCCCCCCAUUUUUGCUUGUACAUGCAGUGAGGUGAUGGAAGCCCAUCAGAAAGGUGUGGAUAGGUUGAAGUAGAACUGAA